UCACACAAGAUUGCCAUGUGUCGAGGUCCAUUUACAAUAAGGAGGCAACAGAGCUCUCUCACAGACCAAAGACUCCUGUUGACAGCCCUUCCUGGGGAAAGCACUCUUCAGCCCAGAUGUGACUUGUAUUCUUUGCCUGGAUGCCCAAGGAACUUUAAUCCAGUAUGUGGGACUGAUGGAGAAACAUAUGCAAAUGAGUGUAUGCUCUGUAUGUCAAACAAAGAAUAUGACAAGGAUAUACAAAUAGCCUAUAAGACUUCAUGCUCAUGAGACCAGCUUCAAGGAAGUGGAAUAUGCAUUACCCUGUAGAGAAGUUGAAACUAUUUGAAAUAUGUCUUCCAAGCUGCUAAAACUGAAGCAAGCGGCUUUGUCCUUAUCUUACUUCUGGAUUUGCAUAUUAUAGGUGUUUUAUUGGAAAAAAUGAUGUCUUGCCUUAUAUUUAUUAAGUUAGUUUUGAAGAUGUAGACCCUGUAUUUUAAUCAAGUGAUGAUCAAAGCUGCUAACAAGUAACUGGUCCCUGCAUACUAUCUUACAGACAAGUAUAGCAUCAUCCAAAAUCCACAAAACAGUGAUACCUUUAUUGGGACAACCAAAAAGCACAUUAUACAUGUUGCAAGCUUUCAAAGCUCCACUGGCUUCUUUAUCAGGCAAAGGGGUUAAAAAUUAUAUAGGAGAAAGAAAGAAAAAUAUUGACGAUGUUAGUCAUGGCCCCACAUCUGGUCAAGAUGUUGCAGUUGUAAGUCCUCAGUUCAUAGAAAGGUAUUGAUGCAGGGUAGGCCCCUUCUCUUUCUGACCCUGCAGGUGCUGGGAGAUUCAGUCCAGGAAAUAAACUUUAAAUUUCAUUUACAAGAUAAAAAGCUACUGCCUUUGAGAUCCAGUUUAUCUUAAAUUCUUGGUGAGGUCACAAACUUUUUGUUAGGAAGAGAACGUUGAAUAUUUCAAGAAAUCUCCAUGUUAUAGCAUCAGGAAUACCUUUACGUGUUGCUAAUGUAAAACAUGAUAAUGCAGUCCCAAUUUAAAAGAAAAAUUUUUUUUAACCUUCGUUGGAAGUAGAAACCUCAAAUAGUAAAGUCCCAUUCUAUUCACUCUCUCUUUAGGAUUCCCCUGUUGAGUUAAAAUACAGUAUCUUCACAUCCAGAGGACAUACACUUACGGACAGACCAGCAUGCCCAUAGCACAAACAUACAUUGGCAGCACAUAAGCAGUGCAGCCAAGGCAAUGAAUGAAGUCAGAGUGUGCUUCCUUUCAGUUUCCAGCUCAUAGGGUGAUGAGUAUUUGAAGGAAGUUGUUUUCUGGAAGUGAGAAUGUACAAAGCUCUCUGCUGCUGCUUUUUCCCUGAUCAUGAGUAGAAUUGAGUUGGGCCCUCAUCCCUUUCUAUGAUGUUAUUCCAGCACAGAGGAGAUGCAACCUCCCAAUAACCCUUGAUUACCUGACUGGUGCCCAAUUGAGUUUCUGCUUUCCAGUCCUAACACCUAUUAGAUAUACUUAUAAAAUACUUUUUGUUUGAUAGUGGAAUUGGCAAUAUAUCAUGAAUUGCA